GAAUACAUCACACGUCACAUGGUAGCAAUUACAGCUCAGUUCCCCCGGAGCUCAGGAGUAGCCCUCAUCUGCGAAAUUUAUAUACAGGAUUGGAGAAAAUCAUAAUUCACCCGCGUGACGAGGGGGCAGCGUCAAGGAAAGCAGGAUUGCUGAUAAUUCACGCUGCUAUUUUCGAAAAAUCAUCACAUUGUUUAAUGGAGGCCGUUUUGAGCUGCAGACCUGAGGAUUUGGAAGAUUAUUACGGUUUAUUAGGAUGUGAUGAGUUAUCAUCGACAGAACAAAUUCUCAACGAAUACAAGAUCAGAGCCUUGGCAUGCCACCCAGACAAGCACCUAGAGAACCCCAAAGCAGUGACAGAGUUUCAAAAGCUACAGGAAGCCAAAGAGGUUUUGUCCAAUGACACUAAAAGAAAAAACUAUGAUCUAUGGAAGAGAAGUGGAGUUGCUAUCCCAUUCCAUGACUGGCAAGCCUUAAAUGACUCUGUAAAAACGUCAAUGCAUUGGGCCGUGAGAAAUAAGAAGGAACCCAUGCUGGAGGCUGCAAAGGCAGAAACACCAAUCACUUUGCAUGCCGACGACCUUCCUUGUCAGCAGGAAGCACCGGGGAUCCCCUCGUGUGAAGCCAUGCUAUCCUCAAGCGAUUACUGCCAUCGCCGUUUCCGCUGGGCUGCUGACUCACCGUCCUGUCUGCUCCAGAAGUUUCGUAAUUAUGACAUUUGAAUAUACUGUAGUACAAUACAUCGCACCCUGUUAAUAGUGGUAUCAUAGUUGUGGACAUGGUCAAGCUGUGAUGUUACUUUGUGUGUAAAGCGGAUGAGACUACAACUGGGUGUACAUGGAGCCUUGUAUUCUGAUUAUAAUCGGUAUAGAAGCCCAAACUGAAUGAAAAUGCUCCAUAUAAAUAUCUCAAUCAGAUAAACAGGCUGAAUCUGAAUGGAAUUUUAUUUGAAUUCACAGGGGUGGAAUAUUCCUUUUGCCAAACCGAUCAAAAGUCAAUUUUCACCAAGUAAACAGUGAAUCGGAAUGGUGUCAGCCUCCGCCCUGUCUGCGCAUGCAAUGGCUUGUCGUUAAUGUGUGAUGACGUCAUCGUUUACGCACUUGAAAACAUUUCGGCUUCCCACCAGAGCUGCUCUGCGACAGAUGUUUUAAACUACAGUCCUUGUAAUUUGUUUUUAAUCAAGCGGUUGUUUUUAUAAAAGUGUAAAAACAAUCGCAACUAUUGUGCUAAAUAGACAACUGACCACCAUCUUGAUAAAUCGUGAUGUUUACAUUGAUAUGAGCGUGUCGCACGUCUGUCAAACGGCCAUUUUUGAUUAAAUGUAGUGGUCCAUGUAAAUGCCAGAUUGGAAUAGGUCACGUCUCAUUUCAACUUUUGACCGGAGAUGUUCAGUCGGAAUGUUUUCACUCGAAAUGGGAAAAAAAACCUAAAAGUCUGCAUGUAAACCCGUCUUCUAUGAAAUCACAUGGAUGUUACUGUCUAGCUCUGUGUUCAUGAAUCCAAAAUUCAACAUUCGCAACAUUAUCAAGUAAAAGUGAUGAACAUUUACCCAUAUUAUUGUCAAAAGAGAUGUAGUAAUUAAAACGUGUCCUACUC